GUACUCCAUGAUGUGUGGUGGCUGCUUUCUCGCCACACUGCGGUAGCGAACGGCGUGUCGAUACUCGCUGACGACAGGCGCUAGGCCUAUAAAAGUAAGAUCUAUAAGUACGAUACGCGAGCGUAUAGAGGAAGUACUACAGUGCGCUAGGUGCGACAUUUUGUUCAAACCGUGCGUCAACGCAUGCGCAAGCUCCGACAGCGGCUAUGACUUGUGCACUUGUCGACUCUGCGAAAGAAGCCGUCAUGAGUUUAGUGUGCGGAACUUUCCUUUGGAAGUUGGAGCAUCCUUAUCACUGUGCCGUGUUGUGUUCUUGAACGGAGGCCUCUACUCACUCGAGUAAACAGACUCUCGCAAAGAAGCCAACUGUUCGUCCGUAUUGAAUAUUUAGCGGACGGUGCGCACAGUGCGCAAGCGGAGAGAUGGAAGGGACGACACGCGCCACGCGUGCGCCGAUAUCGGUUACAAAACAGCUUUACUUGGUUUCCCAGAACGCCAGAGGUGAUGGUGCUGAUGGUGGCGAUGGCCACUCAAUGCACAUUGAGGUUAGCGAAGACCCUGGUGCGGACGUGCACAAUGACGACGACCAAGGCGAGACGGCGGUGACCGGUGCCGAGAUUACCGUCGGAGUCGACGAUGGAAGCGACGAUGCAGACGACGGGAACAUCAGUGAGGAUGACGAAGAGGAGAAGAAGGUCGCCGCUAGGGAGACGACGGAGACAGAUGGUGUAUUAUCAAUACAGUGCGGAGACAACGAAGCGGAGUUUCACGUAUCGAAAUUUGCUCGCGGCAGCAGAGGGGCUUGCAUUCUGUAUAAAAGCGAGUGGAUCACGCCCAACGACUUUCAGUACAUAUCCGGCCGCGAGUCCUGCAAGGACUGGAAGCGAAGUAUACGUUACCAAGGUCGUCCGAUGAAGCAGGCGGUGGCGCAUGGAUUGCUGAAAGUGCACGCACUGGACUGCUCCUGCAAACUGUGCCAAAACGCACCUGCUCCUGCCAAUCAACGGGUCAAGGAGGAAAAGCGUCGAAGGCUAAAUCCCAAUCAUGUAAGCUCAAAGCCAGUUGGAAGUACUCCAGCCAAUGGCCACACCCACGGAGCAUCUCGGAUCAAGGUUGAAACUGCUCCGGCAAAUGAAAAGCGGCGAAAGCCUCGUACGUGGACUUUGGCACCAUUCCCCACAAGCACACCAGCUUUGGCGGACACGACACCAGCUAUCAGAGCGCCUGCUUCAGCAAAAGCAAGUAGCAUGGCGUCCCACCUUGCGUUUUCCUCGGAAGAGGAGCUGCCAGUCAGCAAGCCCAAUAGGAGUGACCCAGAGUGGUCCCCACGUCACUCUGCACCAUUGCCUGCAAAGCGGCGCCGGAGAACCACAACGCCACUCGGAGCGGGCCAAGCUGCGUAUGUGUCUGAUCAUACUGAAGUAAAUGGCUACCACAGUGCAGAACCGAAGCGAGUGCGUCGAGCUGUGAAGGCACCGGAGUAUAGGGACGCAAACACCCCACUCAAGCGCGGCCAGUUUACAGAUGGCUACUCGCCGCAGCCGAAUGAUGUUGCAAAGUGGACUGUCCAGCAGGUUGUGGAUUUUGUUACAAACGAAGGAUUUGCUGUCUAUGCACAUCGCUUCAAAGAGGAAGAGAUCGACGGCAUUGCUCUGCUUGAUAUCCGCGAGGACCAUCUUCUUGACCGCAUCCAGAUGCGGCUCGGUUCAAGUCUACGCCUGUUUCGCUUGAUUCGGCAGAUCCAGUGUCCUUAGGCGAGCAGUGCUUAUACUGGAAGCAUAUUGUCCUGAACUUGAAGUCUAGUGGCAACUGCUUCUGCACGUCUGGCGCUUGAUCCGAGAGACCGACCAGAUGACCGUUCAAUUUUGUAUAUUUGGAGUGAUAAACAUGAAAAGGAUAGAGAUAUCAUGAUGGCAGCGACAAUAGUAUUCCUUGCUGUAAUAAGGAAAGUCUGUGCCUUUAGUUUCAUUGGUGAAGUGGUCAAUCUAUUUUUUUUCUAGAAUUGAAAUCCUCUGUCUUGCAAAUUUCCCUGUAGAUACAGCGUACAUACAUAAUGCAUGGCCUAUCUAUUGUCCGCCUGGCUCCGACAUAAUUAUCCACCCCAUUCCUGACUUGGCUUGAAACUCUUGUUCCCUAUCCAGCUGUCCUAUGAGAAAAUUCACAUGACAAUGAUGUAUAACAUUUAUUCUACAAGUAGUAACCUUUCAAGCUGCGGAUAUGCUCUAUUCUACAAUGCCGUUAAAAUUUGAUCUCUUUGUAAUAGUCUCGCUCUCUCUCUCUCGCUCUCUCUCUCGCUCGCUCUCUCUCUCUCUCUCUCUCUCUCUCUCUCUCUCUCUCUCUCUCUCUCUCUCUCUCUCUCUCUCUCUCUCUCUCUCUCUCUCUUUUUCUCUCUCUCUCUCUGUCUGUCUGUCUGUCUGUCUCUAUCUGUGUCCGUCUGUCUCUGUCUGCCUCUCUCUCUAAUUAGCAGCUUGACUGCCAUGUGUUUGUUAAUUAAUAAGUACCGAGUAAACUAACCAUUUUGGCUUUCAUUCGCA